AUGGUCGUUCCCCUCAAGAUUAAACGAGUCUCGAGCGCACCAGUUCGCAUUCAACCAAAGAUACCAGUCAUCGGCCAUAUCAUCGGUGUCUUAUGGUACAAGAACGAAUACUAUAACAUUUUGAGUCAAAAAUUUGGCUUCCCAAUCUUUUCACUCAGCAUGAUUAGCCAAGAAAUUCAUGUUAUUGCUUCGCCUGACUUAAUGUCACAUCUUCACCGCAAACACAAAGCAAUUUCACUCUGGCAGUUGGAAGGACGAUUCACAGCACAAUUAGCCGGCUUGAGCGAGUCGGGGAGAGACAGGCUCCUGGCAAAUGUGUUCUUUGGCUCUGAUACUUCAAGUUUAAUGAUUAAAGGGAUAAAAAUAAUCCAAGGAGCUCUCUCUCCUUUAGGUGGCAUGAAAAGAAUGCUUCAGGUCGCAGCGCUGGCCACAAAGAAUCGACUAGAUAAUCAGGCAACACCGGCAAGAAACAACAGAACCGAUCUAUUCGAGUGGGUACGACACGAAUUGACCAUCGUAACAACAGAAAGUUUGUAUGGAGACGGAAAUCCAUACCGAGAUCCGAACGUGGAGGCAGGAUUUUGGUCCUUUUCAGAGGGUUCAAUGAAUCUGUUACUACCAGAUUUCGUUUCGAACAUUAUAGCUACCAAAGCUUUGCGCGGUCGAUAUGCAGUCGAGGAAGGGUUUAGACGAUAUUUCUCAACCGGUGCAUACCUUUCCGGCUCGGAGCUCAUGAAAAACAGAUACGAAUUACUAGUGGAUAAGACGGACGACAGCCACAAAGACCUUGCGAAACAUGAGACGCUCAAUGAUAUCGCUGUACUAUCAAACACAAUUCCUACGACGUUCUGGGUAAUCUUCCACGUUUUUUCUGACGCACAACUCGUUGAAAAAAUACGGACUCAAGUAGAGGGAAUAACAACAUCUGAGGUAUCAGCUCAGGGAACUAUCCGUAAAAUCAACCUAGAAAAGCUAAACCAAGUACCAAUAAUAUCGUCGAUGAUCCUAGAAACCCUGAGAUUCCGAUCGACAGGAACUGGUCCCCGUCUAGUCAUGGAAGACACAUUUGUCGGAAGAGAUCAAUAUCUCCUUAAGAAAGAUUCCAUGGUGAUCAUUGCCAACAGGAGACUACACUUUGACAAGAACGCAUGGGGAGAGACGGCUGAUUCUUUUCAACCUGAUCGUUUUUGCAGUAGAGUUCCUGCAAAUGCAUUUCGUGCAUUUGGCGGUGGAGUCAAUAAGUGCCCAGGUCAGGCUUUUGUCACACCUCUGAUGGCGGCAUUCAUAGCAAUGUUGGCUAUGAGGUUUGAUAUAAUACCUAAUGGAGAUGAAUGGACUGACCCCGGUCAAGAUCUCAGUAAUAUGUCCACGCAGAUAGCUCCGCCGAAGAAGAGGUUUAUGGUAGAUAUAAUCCCGAGGGAAGGAAUGAAGGAUAUAGCAUGGAGUUGUGAGGUGUAG